GAUAAGUCUGAUAGGUAACAUUCAACUACCCCGCUAUCCCACCUUCGAUCUCAUCUACCUACAUACUAUCACAUAGAUUAUUAAGAAUUACCCCUAGCCUUCUAGUUAUUGCCUACCUAGGUAUAUAAAGAAUUGAAGAGUUCACGAUUCGGACUUGCUAUUGCACUUGUAGUGUCAUUAUUUCUACAACGUCUCUUCCGAAGUUCUCGCGAGCCGUACGCUGAUAUCCAAUAUGACUUCGCAACCCUUCACUAUUAGGUGGGGCAUUAUGGCCACCGGUGGCAUUGCUCAAACUUUCACUAAGGACUUGCUCACCAACCCCGCUUCCCGUGAUGUCCAUGACGUCGCACAUAAGGUAGUGGCCGUCGCCUCAUCAUCAUCUAAAGCAAGCGCCGAAUCUUUCCUUGAAAAGGUGAAAGCCCCGGCUGGUACAAAGGCGUACGGUUCUUAUGCCGAGUUGGUCAAUGACCCAGACGUUGAUAUCGUUUAUGUCGCAACACCCCACAGCCAUCACUUCCAGAACGCCAUGCUGGCCCUACAAGCCGGCAAGAACGUUCUAUGUGAGAAGGCUCUUACUGUCAACGCUGCCCAGGCGCGGAAACUCGUUGAGACUGCUAAAGCCAAGAACUUGUUCUUCAUGGAAGCUGUCUGGACGCGAUACUUCCCUCUGAGCAUCAAGCUUCGAGAACUGGUGUCGUCCGGACUCAUCGGACCUGUAUAUCGGGUUACUGCCGACAACUCAUUUGGCAAUGACGGACCGAACGGCAGCCUAACCUUCCCGAAUGAACACCGGAUGGUGAACCCGGAUCUGGCGGGUGGCGCACUGUUAGAUUUAGGCAUCUACUCUCUAACGUGGUUGUUCCAGUUCUUAUACCAUAUCCAACCCGAGGCAGAAAAGGAGGCCCCGAGAACACUAGCAGCCAUUAACAAGUAUAGCACAGGAGCUGAUGAGACGACCAAUAUCAUCCUCCAAUUCCCGAAGCACAAGAGUAUGGGGAUUGCCAUGACCACCCUGCGAGUUCCCACCGAUACCGACGGACAUAACAGCGGUGGACCCGCUAUCAAGAUUCAAGGUCCCAAGGGUGAAAUCCAGGUUAUGGGGCCAGCCUACCGCCCUCUUCAGUACAGGAUUGUUAAGUCGGAUGCAAACGGCAAGGUUGAGGUUGUCGACUGCCCGAUACCCAAGGACACAGAGCGGCAAUUUGGCCACGGAAUGUUCUGGGAAGCAGACGAAUGCGCCAGGUGUCUCCGGGAUGGCAAGAAGGAAAGCGCUACUCUACCCUGGUCUGAGAGUAUCGUCAUCAUGGAGGUCAUGGAGGAAGCUCUGAAGCAGGGAGACAUCAAAUACCCCGAGCUGAUCACGACCGAUGUCUUCGACCCCAAGAGUCCUCUGAACACCGGCGGCAAAUAAAAUCACGCAUGGGUAGUGGCUAUUAAGAGCUAAAAAGGGAAUUUAACUAGUGCUAACAAUAAUAGAAAGAUAUCGCUAGUAAUAAUACCUACGGGUAUUCCUAUAUCGGCCGAGAUUUAAUAUAGGUAUCGAACUCUGAUGCUUGUGCAAUGAAACAACAGGGAAUUCAGUAGAGAGAUCAAGGUUGAUGAAUCUACCUAGUAAUUCUAAGAAAAUUAUCUAGCGAGGAUCUCCUGUACCGUUCAUCUUAUUACUGCUUCUAUUUCAUAUAGAAUACUUUAUAAUGCUCACUAGUCUUCGGCCUACUUAAAUAUUAUCAAACUCGUGGUUGACGAGGAGGGGAAAAGGGGUAUA